CUCACGACGACGGAAGUUUGCUAUCAACCUUCUGGACAGGCCCGGGGGCCAUGGAUCAGAAACGUGCCUUUACCAUUACCGGUAUGGGCACACUAUGAAUCUCCAACGUUGAAUGUCUCUACCAUUGAACAAUAUGAGGAAUUAGCAGGAUGCGUUGAACUUGAAACUCAACGUUUGUUACGGGAAAAUCGCUACGAUACAGUGGACAAUGUUUUAAGAUUCUACAAGUCUUUUAAAGAGAGUGGUGAAACUCUAUUGGAUCGUUUCUAUCGUAAAUAUCAACCGGUUAUCACUCAUCAACAUCACACAUGUGUAGGCCUUGGUUUUGAAUUGUUGUAUCGAUUGUGCAAAUUAAACGAGAAGUUUCCUGGAAUUGAAAAUGGCCUCUAUCUGGUAUCGUGCGAAGAGACGAUUGGAGAUAUCUCGGGAUAUGUGGGAGGUCCUCCAGCGGCUGACAGUGGCGAAAAGGAGCACGUUCUUGUGUGUUUAAAAAUUUUGAUAAAUGGACGUCGUGGUGUUAUGUUACUCGAUCCAGGUUAUCAUAUUGCUCGUGUUAUCACUGUAAUGGGGGAUAAACUUUAUCCACACACUGGCUGGUUUACACAAUCUGAUGAGCCUGAAUGUAAAACGGAAUAUAAUUACGUAAUGUGCGCUGAGGAUCCCUAUUACGUCGAAUGGCACGAGAAAAAAACACGCCCAAGUGCCUUAGAGCGUACUCAGGUAGCUCUUAUUUACGUCGAUAGACCAUAUCUUACUGCCAUUGACGUCACCGAACGAAGAAACAUAGUUUACAACUUAAGAAGUUUAAUAGCUAGAGAUAGCAAGGGUCACGUUGUGGCUGGAUUUUAUUUUAAAAUUACAUUAGACCCACCUGACGAGCAGAGUUUUACCGUUUUUUAUCAAACCAACGAAGGAAAAAAAAGAUUUAAAUUACAGUUUAAUAAAUUUUACAAUCGAACGAAGACUGAAAUGGGAGAGUCGGAGGAUGUUUUACGCGAAUGUGCACGGCAAUUGGGUAUGUCGCAAAAGGAUUUGGAAGAUGUUCUUGGUGCACUUGCGACUGUUAUGCGAGACACUGCUUUUACUGCACAACUUUUGGCGAUUAAUUCAAGAAUCAAUACUUUGGCUGAAGACAAUUAACAAACGACGAAUCACCCCAUGUGGUGUGACAAACAAAAUUUUUACUAUUUACUCAAAUUAUUAUUUUUAUUAUUAUUCUUUAGUAUCAUUGUAUUCAUUUUUUAUUUACAAAUAUCUUAAAUAUGGGUUGA